GCGUGGGCGAAGGACCGGUAGCGGGCUCCGGCGGGAGUCGGGGCUGGGGCAGGGAUCGGACUGCAGCUUUCGUCCGCUGCCAUGAAGCGGGACGUCCGUAUCCUGCUGUUGGGCGAGGCCCAGGUGGGGAAGACCUCUCUGAUCCUGUCGCUGGUGAGCGAGGAGUUCCCCGAAGAGGUCCCACCCCGAGCAGAAGAGAUCACCAUUCCCGCGGACGUCACCCCAGAGAAGGUGCCCACUCACAUCGUGGAUUCCUCAGAAGCUGAGCAGACGGUGGAGGAACUCCAAGACGAGAUUCAUAAGGCAAAUGUGGUGUGUGUUGUAUACGAUGUGUCUAAGGAGGUCACCAUUGAGAAGAUCCGAACCAAAUGGAUCCCACUGGUGAAUGGAGGGACUGAGAAGGGUCCCAGGGUUCCCAUCAUCCUGGUGGGCAACAAGUCGGACCUGCGGCCAGGGAGCUCCAUGGAGGCUGUGCUGCCCAUCAUGAGCCAGUUCCCUGAGAUUGAGACCUGCGUGGAGUGCUCAGCCAAGAAUCUGAGGAACAUCUCAGAGCUGUUCUACUAUGCACAGAAGGCCGUGCUGCACCCCACAGCGCCGCUCUAUGACCCUGAGACCAAGCAGUUGAGGCCUGCGUGCACCCAGGCCCUCACACGCAUCUUCAGGCUCUCAGACCAGGAUCUGGACCAGGCGCUCAGCGAUGAGGAGCUCAACGCUUUUCAGAAAUCCUGUUUUGGGCAUCCCCUGGCCCCGCAGGCCCUGGAGGAUGUAAAGACGGUGGUGCGCAAGAAUGUGGCAGGAGGUGUACGGGAUGACCGGCUGACCCUGGACGGCUUUCUCUUCCUGAAUACACUCUUCAUCCAGCGUGGCCGCCACGAGACUACAUGGACCAUCCUACGGCGCUUUGGUUAUGGCGACACACUUGAGCUGUCUGCUGACUACCUCUUACCUCCGCUCCACGUGCCUCCUGGCUGCAGCACAGAGCUCAACCACUUUGGCUACCAGUUUGUGCAGAGGGUGUUUGAGAAACAUGACCAGGACCAUGAUGGUGCCCUCUCGCCGGUGGAGCUGGAGGGCCUGUUCAGUGUGUUCCCAGCAGCCCCCUGGGGCCCUCAGCUCCUGCAAGAGGUCCAAACCGAAGCAGGCCGGCUGCCCCUGCAUGGGUACCUCUGCAAGUGGACCCUGGUGACUUAUCUGGAUGUCCGGUGCUGUCUGGAGCAUCUUGGCUACCUGGGCUACCCCACCCUCUGCAAGCAGGACUCACAGGCCCAUGCCAUCACAGUCACCCGUGAGAAGAGGCUGGACCAGGAGAAGGGACAGACACAGAGGAAUGUGCUCCUGUGCAAAGUGGUGGGGGCCCGCGGAGUGGGCAAGUCUGCCUUCCUACAGGCCUUCCUUGGCCGUGGCCUAGGGCAUCAGGACACCAGUGAACUCCACAAGAUGCCUGUCGUCUAUGCCAUCAACACAGUGCAGGUCAACGGGCAGGAGAAGUACCUGAUACUAUGUGAGGUAGAUGCAGACAGCCUGCUGUCCACCACGACUGAUGCCACCUGUGAUGUCGCCUGCUUGAUGUUUGAUGGCAGCGACCUCCAAUCCUUUGCACUCUGCACCAGCGUCUACAAGCGCCAUUACAUGGAUGGGCAGACCCCCUGCCUCUUCGUCUCCUCCAAGGCUGACCUGCCUGAAGGUGUCUCGCUGCCUGGCCUGUCUCCAGCAGAGUUCUGCCGCAGGCACCGGCUGCCUGCCCCCGCCCCGUUCUCCUGCGCCAGCCCAGGGAAGCCCAGCACAGCCAUCUUCACCCGGCUUGCCACCAUGGCCACUUUCCCGUACCUGGUCCAUGGGGAGCUGCACCCCACCUCCUUCUGGCUCCGACUGACACUGGGGGCGGUUGGGGCUGCUGUUGCUGCCGUCCUCAGCUUUUCACUCUACAGGGUCCUGGUGAAGAGCCGAUGAGGCUCUGGUACCCUGCAGUCUGAUCUCAGGGCCCCAGGGUGCUGAUAUCUGGCCACUUCGUGGAGUUUCCUUCUGUUUAAGCUUGGCUUCUGAGGGCAGCCUGUCCACUGCCCAGCCCCAGGGGUGAACCCCCAGGUGCCUUUGUGGGCGUAGUGUUGGAGAGACUGUGGGGUAUGGGUGAGGAAGCCAGUGAUGCCGACCUGAAUUCUCAGGGCUCCACCCCUUCCUGGUCCCAGGCAGCCAGUGGGUGCGAAAGGGGUCAGAAGGCAGAGCUCUGAGCCAAAGGCAAGGAGUGUAGGCAGGAAGUGGCUGGACCAUUGUGCUGGCACCCCCGCCUCCCCAUCACCCCUGGAAGACAUCCAGGGCUGCACCCCUCAUGGAAGAUGUGA